AUGGAUGAUAUUGAUUUUCGAAUAUUAACUUAUCUUGAACAACAAUUAAAACAACAGUACCCUGAUAUACGUGUUCGUCAAGCAAUUGCUUCGACUUUUGCUAAUCUUAAAAAAUAUAUUAAUACAAAUGAAAGUGAUUUUCAAGCUGCUGUACUCAAUUUACUUGUUCAAUUACUUUUAAUUCGUGUUAAUAAUAGUUAA